AUGGCGAAGAAGGCGUGGCCCGCAUGUGUUGUUCACAUUACGUCGGGCAACAAUGAUUACCUCAAGGACCUCAUCAAUAUUGACCUGCAAAAUCAAUACAAAGGAUAUAUUGGAAAUCUUCACACAGUGACUAUCCCUAUGAAGGCUGGAGAUCACAAUUUUGAUGUCCAGAAGAUGGGAACUGUUGGGCAAUGGGUGAUGAGGAGUGUCCUAAAUGACACACCCAGCAAUACAUUUGUCAUCAUGGACACCCCCUCAGACGAAUAUACCAGUAUCUUGCAGCAUACCAGUGGGACAACAAGGCCUAACAAAAACACAGCCUCUGAGAUUAUACAGACUUACCUGGGUAAGCCACUCAUGACAGCGAUGAAGGCUGCCUCGUUGUCUGCAAGGGAAGAUGAGACUGUAGAGAAAACCAUCAAUGGAAAAUCCCCAUGGUACAACACCACACCCAAGGCGAGGGGAGGUCGACGCGGACUUUUUCUCGUCACUCGUGGUCCUACAAUGCAGGCCAAAACAGAAUUUAAGGAAGUGCUGGCAAUGGUGGAGUCGGACCUAUUUGAUUUCGUUAUCGGAUUUGGGGGAUCCUCCACCCUCCCUGGGUUUGUUGGACCCACAGUGCUAGCAUUCAUUCGUGCAGCUGCAGUGUUUGGCUGCACGGACGUGUGGGAGUCCCUUUGUGCUUUGCUUGUCACAAAUCCAGAUGUGCUGGAGCAUACUACAGUCAUUGUGGUGUAUGCUUGCUAUGUGGAAGGGAGACGCACUGUAGAGAGUAGGGAGGUGGCCAAACAUAGCACACAUCGCGCAUUCGGGUACAAGUUCUCAGCAUGUGCAAAUGAAGAUUGCAAUUCCUCGAUGACAGACACCAUCAGGCUGUCCCGGAUGGAGAACAUGGUUCAGAUGAUAUGUGGGGAAUGUCGGUGGAAAUCUGCAUGUCUCCCGACAGAUCAGAAUAACAACCAUUUCAUCCUUGUCAAACCUGCUACUGCUCCCUCGGUCUUCUGGCACAAAUUUCCCCUAUGUCCUGGACUGCACAAGCUAUCUGUGAACACUAUGCCAGGCACAGAUGCACAGGAAGGAAGUGGGAAAAGAAAUCCUGUUCACACCAGCACUUCAUCAAAUAUGCGUCCUGCAAAACUUCGCAGGCUGUCCGGCGUUAUGGAAUGGAAAGUCGGCGAGAGGCUGGGCAGGGUCGAGCAUGGGCUGUGA